AUGGUGGAGGCGCUGGCGACUGGGGACAGUAUCCCAGCUGGGAAAUCGAAGUUAGAGUUUGUCGAAGAGAAGUAUGGGAGCAAGUACUUACUACCGAUCACCUAUGGAACUGUCAGGAUUGAAAUCGUCAAAGUUGAAAUAGUUUGUGAUUCAUAAAAUGGAUGCCAGUUGGAACCCAGUUUCUAAGCGGCGCAUGACAAAUUUUGGUGAUGCCUAAAUCCAGUUUGUCAUGCUGUUUAGGCAAAGAUGACUAAUUUUCUCAUGCUACUUUAGCAGCUCGAGCUCUAACCCCAAACAGGUUUACAAUCGGCCUCCCUUGCCUGCUCUGCAACACACGUAUUGCGCGCUAUGCAUUUCAUGCAUCACAAAUUAUUUCAACUUUGGCGAUAUCAAACCUGACGCUUCCAUAUCACCCCGGCUUCCGUCGUGAUCCGGUUUUUUGAGCCGGAUCAACAGGCAGUUGCGACCAACGCGAACCAGUUUGCGGAUCGAGUGCAGAACCUUGACAGCUCCGUUUUGACGAGUUCCGGCAUUGACAAGACGAAUACCAAGGCGGACUUCUUCGACUUUUCUGUCUCUUUGCUGAUGCCCUCGUGUAAGGACCAGUCGAACUGUAGUGACAAAGCGGAACUACAAGCAUUGAAGGACAAAACUGUCGCUGCGGUCUCUGCCGACGCGGUGGCGAAGUCAGCUGAUGGAACAACAGAUAAAAACCCGUCUGGGAAGAACUUCUACGAGAAAUUCCUUACCGAGUUGAAAACCCUAGGGGUGCCGACUCUCCAGGAGGUCAUUAUGCCGCACGCGAUAGGAGCUGCGACAUCCUCCUCCACUGCGAAAUCUUCUGCGCUUCUCUUCUCCCCGACACAAUCGACCCAAGUCGCGGCCGUUGCGAAGCCGCAGGUUAGUGCGAUUCUGGACAAGGACGAGCCGCAGCCGGUGGUUUAUAUCGAAACCAGAGGGGUGUUGCGAUCUCUCGCGGAAUAUGGAAUGCAAAAAUGUCUGGGUCUGGAAGAAUGCAACUUGUGAUGCUAAAUCUGAAUCAUGUAAAAAUCUGUGUUGCAUGAUUACCAAAAGCUGCCCACUGUUGACCUAAUCGAGAGGCAGUUUCUCAUGCAGGAUAGGCAUGAUAAAACUCUCACAGAAUCUGUUGUGCUAUGUCCUACAUACCAGACCUCAUGGGUCAUGGAAAACCUGCAUGACAAGUCUGGCACUCUUCCAGACCCAGACACUUUUACAUUUGAUACAGAGUCGGCUAUUGCAGAUCCAUCGGAGAUUUUGGCUAAUACCGGUGACGCAGCGAGUUCGGCGACGACUCAGAAAUCGGAAAGCGAGAUAUCCUAUGUAAAAACGUCCCCACCCCAGAGUCAAGAUGGGAAGUCUGCAACACAAAUCCCCAAGUUUUGGGGAUUCUGCAUGACAAGCUUCCAUCUGCAGUGUAGUACUGGCUGACAAGGAAAGCCGCAUGACAAAGUCAUUUUCUCGUCCUGUUUACAGCAUUACAAAUUCCAAAACACGACUGGAAAUGCCUCUCAUGGAAGUGCGCAUUACAAAUCUUCCUGUCAUUGCACAUUUGCAUGACAACUCUGGGGUGGGGAUGUUUUUGCACAGGAUAUGAGAUUUUGAGGGAGAUUCUGGAGGAAGUUGGGCAGUCUGCGGCGGAAGAAAUUCUCCCGCAGGUAGCUUUGCUUUCUUCCGAAGAUGUUGACGGUGUCGGUGCUGGAAGUUCUGGUUCAACUACAUCUGGCGCUUCGACUAGCACCGGCGCCGGCGCAGAGUUCGGAAUGAACACCGAGGCUUAUUAUCUCGCGCACCGGACAACCACAAUUGCGCCUGACGGGAGUACGAUAAUUGCCACCACGGCGACGCCGACCACGACAACCGCAGCGAGCACUGCAACCGGAAAUACGACCGACCCAACAACGACGUCCACUACUUCCACUUCUACCACCACCACUUCUUCCACAACCACCACAACUUUCGUCCGCGACCCAGCGUUGGCGAUAACAAAAGUGAAGGCGAAACUGUUGCACGCGUCAUUGGGAAAAUACCCAGUUGGCACCGUCCCUUCCUCCCUAGUCGGAAAAAUCUACCGGGAGCAGCACUUCGCGCUGACGUUUGACUUGAAGAACGUCACGACCAAGCGGUUAGGCAUGAUUCAGGAGCAACUUUCUUCCGACUACAGCAAAUUUGGCAUCAAUUUGCGGGAUAAGAUCACGACUUACACGAAAAACCCGAGUUUGAACAAGGGGCUGAUGACCAAGUACACUUUACACGAUAUGCGGAACGCGGAGCGGAUUUCCACGACGACCGCGGUGAUUGACAUUGAGGAGAUUCCGGAUGAUACGAAAUACGAACUGCAAAACGACCGGACGUAUUCGUUAGAACCCUCCGCGAUUGAUAUUGAACUACGCCUUGACGGCGGGGAUUUGCACGGGGCGGAAACGUAUCAAAUGUAAAAAUGUCUGGGCCUGGAAAUUUCUGAGACUUGUCAUGCACGUUUUGCAUGGGCCAUGAGCAUGAUGUCUGUGAUGCAUGCUCUAGCGUCACAGACUUUUCGAGGGCUUCGCGAUGCCUAUUCCGCAUGACAAAUGCCCUCUCCGCGUAGCCAAAAUUGCAUUCCGUUUGCUGCUUAUGCAAUACAGAUUUUUUGGAAUCCAAAUGCAGCAUCACAAGUUUGCAUUCUUCCAGACCCAGACACUUUUGCACUUGAUAAAACGCUCUUUUCUGCGAGCAAAAGGGUCCGAACAGACGCGAUCGCCGCGGGGAAAACGUCUGCGUUCGCAAACCCGGAAUCCCCUUCCGUUUGGACGAGCCGAAAGUGCUUAACGGGCGAAUUCUUCUCCCGCGACGCCUACGAUCUCGGCGAAGAUCGCGUGUUGGUGUUGAAACUCGCUUAUGCAUGGCAAAAGGAUUGUACUAGUAGAAAGCGCAUCUUCACAAAUUUUUCCAGAAGAAAAAAUGGAAUUUGUAAUGCUGAACUAGCUAAGAAACCAGAUCUGCGGUAUUGCAAUUAGUACGAGUGCGAUACUUUUGCACUGGAUAUCGCUUUGCCCAACCCGAAACACGGCUUUACCGGGGCUCACAAGGAUAUCAAAAGUAAAAAUCCCUGGAUGUCUGGGAACUUGUGAUGCUGGGUGGCGUCUCAUGAUAAGGCUACAAUUGCUGGCUCAGCAUGACAAGUUUCUGAGCUUCUAGGUGCUAUGCCUAUUCUGCAUGACAAACUGCGUUCCUGCAUCACAGAAAAACGGAGCUCUUGGGUAACGUGCAUGACAGAUUUAAGAAUCAUGCCAGACAAGCAUGACAAACAUGAAUUCUUCCAGACAUCCAGGGAUUUUUACAGUUGAUAAAGGACGGGCAAACACAAUUAGCCGCGGACGGGACGGAUCAUCAGUUGGUGUACGUGUUUAACAGUGAAUACUUAUUGAAAGGAAAAAUCCCCCCUCCCCACAUUGAAAAGGCACGACUUCGAAAAUUUGUGUUGCUGAUUUGAGGUCACAAAUCCUUUUUGUCUUGCAAGAAGACAAGGGCAGGAGCUUUAGCCCCAUUCUGGAAGCGGUUUGUGAUGCUGUUGGGCCUAAAGGGGAGCCGUUUGCCAUGCUAAACAACUAGACACGCCCGCCCCUAUCUAGCCUGGAGAUCUGUCCGCAAUGCCUCUCUGCAAUACAAAGCUGAUUUGUGUACCCAAAUCCAGCAUCAGAAACUUCGUUUUGAUAUGGGGAGGGGGGGUUUUUCCUUUUGAUAAUUCUUCUCGGUCAGCAAAAAAGCGCACCAGCAGGGGUUCUUCUUACAAAACGCCACCGCGAAGGCGAUCACUUCUGGGAGUAGUGGCGGAGAGGAAUUUUUAACCGUCUCCACCGACGCGGACGUGGCGAAUAAGUUGACAAACAACCAGUACUGGGCGACCAGGUGGGUGGCGAAUGUAGGGGAGCUAUCAAAUGCAAAUAUCGAUCUGGGUCUGGAAGAUUGCAUGACUUGUCAUGCAGAUUUUCCAUGACGGCGCAUGAGGUCUGGAAUGCAGGACCUAGCAUGACAGAUUCUGUGAGAACUCCAACUCUAUCAUGCCUGUGCUGCAUGAGAAAUAACUCCUUCGCAACUUGAUCAAAAUCGGACAACUUUUGGCGCUCAUGCAACACAAAUUUUUUCAGGAUGCAGACUUGGCAUGACAAGUUGCAAACUUCCAGAGGAUCCACACAUAUUUGCGAUGCAUAGGAGCAUGGCAACGUGACUUACCACGACACCGCUUAUGGUCACCCGGGCAGUCCGCCGGCCUUCGACGGCUUGUUGCCGGCGAGCAUGAAGAAGAUCCGGGACUUUUUCGAGGACACUGCUAACAAGGGGAAAAUUGACAAACGGAAAAACAAAUUGUUUUUGGGUGUUAUCCCACCGGAUAGUGUUUUACAGUCUAUGUCGACGAGUAAUUACAAGCCGUUCAACGGUUGCAUUCUAUCGGCGAUGGUCUACAAUAAGGAGCAGCUGAAUAACCCUCCGAUGAAGACCGCGCCGCCGCGAAGUCAAAAAAUCGCUCAAGCUUGGUUGGACCAGAAUGAGAAGGAGAUCGUCAAAAGUGGCGGUGUGUUUCCGGCUUUGAUGAAGGUCGGCGACUCGGUCGCCUACGGCAUGCCGACGACUACGACGACGGCGCCGCCCAACACGGUUACUACGACAACCACGGCUUUUUCUUUCCCGACCAUCUCUGUCACACGAGAGCCGGACACCGUGGACUGGUACGACGCCAUGGCUUUUUUGCCAGACAACGUCGGCGGGUUUUACGGCGGUGUUUGUUCGGACAGCAGCACGGAGGACAUAUCCUGUGUGAAAACGUUCCCACCCCUACAGAGUUGUCAUGCAGAUUUGCGAUGACAGGAAGAUUUGUAAUGCGCAUGUCCAUGCUAGGCAUGACAUACUCAUCGUGUUUUGGAAUUUGUGAUGCUGUAAACAGGAUAAGCAGAUGGAUUUGUGAUUCGAUUAUCUUUGGUAACAUGCACUACACUACAGAGUGCAACUUGUCAUGCGUAGCUCCCAAAACAGUCUGUUUAUGUCAUGCGUGGCUCCCAAAACUUCUGGAUUUGUGUUGCUAAGUUCCCAACUUGACUAUGGGGUGGGGACGUUUUUACAUAUGAGAGGACAAGGCAACUGUCUACGACAAAAUCUGUGACGAGGCGGAUACUUCUAUUGCGGACUGCGACAGUACUACGCACGACUGCUGGGAGAAGCCGGAUGCGCUGGCAACAGAUUUACUCCCCAGGGACGUUUUGAACGAGAUUGUACAGAAUCCCGACUACACGAACAACGGCCGGGGCAGUGGGGAUAAGUACGAACCGCACCAGUACAAGCGCAUGAACCUGGGCAGUCCGGAUUUCGUCUACGAAUUUGUGCGGCUUGGGAUCUGCGGGACAGCAAACUACGGCCAGUACAACAGCGGCACUACGAUUGUGCCGGAUUACCUGUGCAAUGAACCAAACGGGGGGCUAGACACAAAGCUAGGCGUGCACAAGUUCAAUAAGGUCCAAAAACGGCAGUACAUCUUCCGCCAGUGCGACAAGUUUGUGAAAACGAACAGCUACUGCGCCGGGGUGAGCUGGAACCAGGAACCGGAUAUGACGCACGCGAGCCCCGGGUACGCUAGGCCCUACGGCAGCAUGGAGCGCAACAUGAACGCCAUGGCCAUGCCUGGUUGCUUCCCGAGAAGUGGUGGUGGCUGGAGUGCACCAGUCGGAGAUAUCAGCGGUGUGCGGAGUAAAGGUACUUCCGGCAACGUCGACGGCGGGGGGAAUGUGUGCUGGCGGCACAAACCCGUGCCUUAUUCCCCGACCUUGUCGAAAUUCGGCCACUGGUACAGUAGGUUUGGGACCAACAAAGCCGGUUCUGGAUUCUGUACCGCACAGAAUGCGAACCCGAACAGUGGAUCUGUGAUCAAAAUCGCGGAAAAAAUCACGCUGGGCGAGUGUUUCAACUUGUGUGAUGCGAUGGGCGCGGAUUGCCAGGGAAUUUCGAUGGAUAAGAGGACCAAAUACAGCCACACGUACCAGGGACAAACCUGGUCGGCCCGGGAGGAUUCGGAUGAAAAGCGGGACUGUUUUUUGAAGUUCAAUGGGAAGACCUGUCAGCAGUUGAAACAAUCGAACACCGGCCCGAAAAACGAGAAAAUCACCUGCGAUAACCUCCCGGCCGGAACCCCGCCCAUCAAUUGCCCGGUCGGGUGGCAUAUGAAAUGCAAAUAUGUCCGGGUCUGGAAACUUGUGAUGCAAGUCAGUCAAUAACAAAUGCACUGUAAUGCGCCGCCAAGCAUGACAAGUUGCUUCGUGCUUCUGUGCUGCGUAUUCCGCAUGAGAAACUGCGUUUUUGCAUGACAGGCGAGAGAGGCUGUUUGUGGCCACGCAAUACAGAUUUAAGGGCCAUGCCAGAUCAGCAUGACAAAUCUCGCAAUCUUCCAGACCCAGACAUUUUUGCAUUUGAUAGGGCAGAAGCGAAAGCCGGACCCGAACUUUUUGUGCCCAGGCCGGUACGGGUGCUCCGCGAGUACGUGUUGCGAGGAAUCGACCUGUGCGAACAACAACGGGGGAAAAGUCGCGUCUCCUACUGCUUUCGAUUGCGCGUUCUACGGGGCGACGGCGCUGGAAGGAGUGGAUCCGAAGACUAUCCGGUGUGGGAGACACGGGGAGGGGUGUACCGUGCAGGACUGCUGUUCUACUGUGACGACGACCACCACCGCUUCCUGGCCCCGCCCGCCCUACAGUCUGACAAGCAGAACCGGACUGCAGGACAUUGUGGACCACUGGUACAAUAAGGAUUUGUCCAAUUACAAAGGUGUCCGCGAAGUGGGCGACGGAAGGGGUAUCAACUGUAAAUAUGUCUGGGUCUGGAAACUUGUAAUGCUGCGUUGGGAAUAGUGCAUGCUCUGUAAUGCACAGCCAAGCAUGAGAAAUAUCUGCGCUUCUUCGUGUUGCGUGUUUCGCAUGACAACCUGCGUUUUUGCAUGACAGGCAGAAGGCUUUCUUCUUGGACACGCAUCACAAAUUUUUUGGUCAUGCCAGACAAGCAUGACAAGUCUCAGAAUCUCCCAGACCCAGACAUUUUUGCAGUUGAUAAGGGGUAUCACCGACCGGAACGACCGCAAGUGGAACAAAUGCCGGCAGAAUGUCGUGCUGAAAGGCGAGCUCACCGUGUUCGAAAUCAGCGUGAACCCGCAGGACAGUACCAAAGCUGUCGUGAAAUUAAACGGCAAGUUGAUCAAGUCCCAAGUCACCCACCCGCAAAAUUCCUUCCGGUGGCUGGGCUUAGCCGCGAGCAACCGGAUUUGCAAGGAAUUGUGUGAGAAAGACGUGGUUUGUACGGGUUAUCAGUACUUCGAUGUCGGCUUCCCGAACUUCGAGUGGCGAGCCUCGUGCUACGCCAUUUCGAAGCAGUUUUUGAAACGAAAUUCCAUCGCGAUUUUGCAGUCUUCCGAGACGGGAAUUUGGCGGAAAAAGGUCUAUUUGGCGGAUUGCAAUGGGGAGGAAUCGGUCAAAAAUUUAGUUUUCGCGAAGAAGAAACUGUAUCAACACGGCAGCUGUGCGAGAGGUGGGGAGGUUUGCAAGCAGAUCUUUCCACCAGCAUCAACCGGUACUAGCACGGCCGUGCAGCAGUUCACCUACGGCUCCAAGCCCGAUUCCGAAGUGUUCCUGACUCACUCGAAGAGUGUGGAGGAGUUGCAAAAGAUUUGCAAGAGUGGUUCUUUGUCGAACACUUUUAUCCACUGCUGGGACAAAUACGCGCAGAAAGCGAAAGGGGACGCGAAUUUGCUUUCUUCCAGUGAUUACAUCGACGGCUUCAAGUCGGUUGCGAAGGGGAAGCUCGCUUGGGGGCAAAAUCAAACCCCGCAGAAACUGUAUCACAGCUCGCAGCAGCUCGGCAAGUACUACGAAUUCAAGGGCCGCGGUGGGUGCCUGAUCGGCGGG